UCAUGCUGCUGCCAGGUCCAGAGUGUGUCAUGGGUCCCUGUGCCACUUUCAGGUCUCCUCACACUGUGGUGGGUUCCAUUUUGUCAUAGGGUGCUGGCAGAUUACGGGCCUCCCAUUGCUGCUGCCAGGCCCGUAAUCUGCCAUGGGCCCCCCGUACCGACCCUCAUGCUGCUCCUCAUGCUGCUGCCUCCUCAUGCUGCUGCCCAGAGUCUGUCAUGGGCCCCUGUACGGCCUCCCAUGCUGCUGUCUCCAUCGCCCACUCUGCCAUGCCACUUUCAGGUCUCCUCACACUGCUGGUGGGUCCAUUUUGUCAUAGGGUGCUGGCAGACUGUACGGGCCUCCCAUUGCUGC